GCACUGGCUUCGGCAGUGGCAACAACAGCAGCAGAUGGCUCUGAUGGCAACAGCAGUAGAUGGCUCUGAUGGCAACAGCAGCAGCAGAGCAAAUGGAUUCGGCAGCAGCUUCAGCAGCAACAGUAGCAAAGCAGAUGUCUUUGGCAGCAAUAGCAGAGCAGAUGGAUCUGACAACAGCAAAGUAGAUGGCUUCAGCAGCAGCAGAGGAGAUGGAUUCGACACAGCAGAGGAGAUGGAUUUGGCAGCAAGCUUCGACAGCAAUAGCAACAAAGCAAAUGUCCUCAGCAGCAGCAGCAGAGCAGAUGGAUCCGGCAACAAUAGAGUAGAUGGCUUUAGCAGCAGCAGAGGAGAUGGAUUCGACAGCAAGCUUCGGCAGCAACAACAGUAAAGGAAACUGAAGGUGAGAGAUGGGUGAGCCACAGACAAGGAGAUUGAGAGUGAGACUGUGAGUGAUGAGAAUUAAAAUAAAUUAGGGUUAUAGUU